CAGGAAAUGACAGAAAACCUGAAUACGGAACUGAAGCAGCAGCUCAAGACUUUCUGGCUCUGAAGUGGCAGCCCAGAGAGGGAGCUGGUGUUGACGGGAAGAGCUGGAAGCUUAGAGCAGACGCACUCUUGGAGAUGUGGAAAUCUGUGGUAGGGCAUGAUGUAUCUGUUUCCGUGGAGACCCAGGCUGAUGACUGGGACACAGAUCCUGAUUUUGUGAAUGACAUCUCUGAGAAGGAGCAACGGUGGGGAGCUAAGACCAUCGAGGGCUCUGGACACACAGGACAUAUCAACAUCCACCAGCUGAGGAACAAAGUGUCAGAGGAGCAUGAUAUUCUCAAGAAGAAGGAGAUGGAAUCUGGGCCCAAAGCAUCCCAUGGCUAUGGAGGUCGGUUUGGGGUGGAGAGAGACCGAAUGGACAAGAGUGCUCUGGGCCAUGAGUACGUCGCUGACGUGGAGAAGCACUCUUCUCAGACUGAUGCUGCCAGAGGCUUUGGGGGCAAAUAUGGAGUUGAGAAGGACAGGGCAGACAAGUCAGCAGUUGGCUUUGAUUACAAAGGAGAAGUGGAGAAACACACAUCUCAGAAAGAUUACUCUCAUGGCUUUGGUGGCCGUUACGGGAUAGAGAAAGACAAACGGGACAAGGCAGCUCUGGGAUAUGACUACAAAGGAGAGACAGAGAAACACGAGUCCCAGAGAGAUUACGCCAAGGGCUUUGGCGGUCAGUACGGAAUCCAGAAGGACCGAGUGGAUAAGAGUGCUGUUGGCUUCAAUGAAAUGGAGGCCCCAGCCACUGCCUAUAAGAAGACGACACCCACAGAAGCUGCUUCUAGUGGUGCCCGUGGGCUGAAAGCAAAAUUUGAGUCCAUGGCUGAGGAGAAGAGGAAGCAGGAGGAAAAAGAGAAGGCACAGCACAUCGCCAGACAGCAACAGGAGAGAAAGGCCCUGGUAAAGAUGCGCCAUGAGACUCAGCAGCCAGCAGUCACUGUGGGAGAGCCAGUGGUGCCAGCCCCACUGCCCAAGAAAAUCUCGGAGGCCUGGCCGCCCGCUGGGAGUUGUCCAUCAUCGGAGCCUGGGCCUGGGAGAACCAGUAGGGAACACCCUAUGCCUGCCCUGCCCUCAAAGCACACUCCCUCAGAGGACAACGAAGAGCCCCCAGCUCUGCCCCCCAGGACUCUGGAAGUCCUUCAGGUGGAGGAAGAGCCAGUGUAUGAAUUAGAGCCUGAGCCUGAGCCCGAGCCCGAGCCCGAGCCCGAGCCCGAGCCCAAGCCUGAGCCUGAGCCUGAGAAUGACUAUGAGGAUGUUGGGGAGAUGGACAGAUAUGAACAGGAUGAUGAACCAGACGGGGACUAUGAGGAUGUGCUUGAGCCCGAGGAUCCCUCUUUUCCCUCCACUGUGACUGGAUCGUCAGGAUGCCCUGCUGCUGCUGGGGCUGGGAUCUCAGCUGUGGCCCUGUAUGAUUACCAAGGAGAGGGAAGUGACGAGAUUUCCUUUGAUCCAGAUGACAUCAUCACUGACAUCGAGAUGGUGCACGAGGGCUGGUGGCGGGGACGUUGCCAUGAUCACUUUGGACUCUUCCCUGCAAAUUAUGUCAAACUCCUAGAGUAAAUGGCCUCCUCCAUCUUCUGCACUGGGACUUCCCAUGUCUGCCUCCACCCCCGACCCUCUUCUGCUGCAAGUGUCUAACAGGAUGUCAUGAGUUGCCUACGGUUCUUCCCUCUCCCUCUCCAUUAGGGGUUGGGGCAGAGACAGCAUGAGAAAGGGGUCUCCUUCCCCUCCAUGUCCUCUCUCUACCCUGGAUGAGGCAGUGGUCCUGCCUCCUUCCUGGUGAAUGUUCCCUCUAACACCCCAAGCUCUGCCUUUGUUUGGUGAUGAGCUCUGAGCCUCCUGGCUUGCAGACCUGGGAAGUUAUGUCUAGAUUGACUGGUUUAUCUGGUUGUGCUGUUUGCUCCCUUUCCUUCUCUGCAGAGAUAUUUCUGAAUCUUCUCGCUGCUCAGUCCUAGAUUGGAAAUAAAGUGGGACUAUGGUUCACCUCUA